AUGAAGCUGAACAUCUCCUACCCAGCCAACGGCUCUCAGAAGCUCAUCGACAUUGAAGAUGAGCGCAAGCUCCGCCCCUUCCUCGAGAAGCGUAUGGGCGCUGAGGUCCCUGCCGAUUCCCUUGGCGAUGAGUGGAAGGGCUACAUCUUCCGCAUCACUGGUGGCAACGACAAGCAGGGUUUCCCAAUGAAGCAGGGUGUUAUCGCCCCUACCCGUGUCCGCCUCCUCCUCUCCGACGGCCACUCCUGCUACCGCCCCCGCCGCACUGGUGAGCGCAAGCGCAAGUCCGUCCGCGGCUGCAUCGUCGGUGCCGAUCUCUCCGUCCUCGCUGUCGCUAUCGUCAAGCAGGGUGAGCAGGAGAUCCCCGGUCUCACCGACACCGUUCACCCCAAGCGCCUCGGCCCCAAGCGUGCCACCAAAAUCCGCCGCUUCUUCGGCCUCAGCAAGGAUGACGAUGUUCGCAAGUACGUCAUUCGUCGCGAGGUCACCCCCAAGGGUGAGGGCAAGAAGACCUACACCAAGGCUCCCCGCAUCCAGCGUCUCGUCACUCCCCAGCGCCUCCAGCACAAGCGUCACCGCAUUGCGCUCAAGCGCCGCCAGGCCGAGAAGGUCAAGGAUGAGGCCAAUGAGUAUGCCGCUAUCCUUGCCAAGCGUGUCACCGAGGCCAAGGCCGCCAAGGUUGAUGCUCGCAAGCGCAGAGCUUCCUCCAUGCGCAAGUAA